CUUGAAUGAAGUACCAAGCAGCUGUUCGGAUUUUUCUUCUCCUUCCUCUUAAACUCAGAAUGCGGGAUUACUUUGUCACGGUAGCUGUAUGUUACUUUUUCGUGAUUCAACUUUGCGGUGUGUACGCAGUUGGAAAAUGUUCUAGCAUUUCUCAAGAUGUCUGUCCCUAUGGAAUUUCUGAGGUUGGAUUCGUUCCAAAAUACCUGACAUGGGAUCAUGACGUCAGGACACCACCGGAAGCACGUGACAAAAUGAUGUUCUACUGUGCAAAACCAGCUUGCUAUUCAUCCCCUUGUUUAAAUGGAGGGUCGUGCACGGAAGAACACUAUGGAUACAUUUGUUCUUGUCAAGGAGGAUAUGCGGGAGAACGCUGUCAGCGCCAGGUCUGCCCCGAUGGAUGGCGGUACGGAGGAACAAAGUGUUUUCUGAUCUUGGACAAGCUCCUGAACUGGUAUUCCUCUCUGAAUUACUGUCAUGAUCUCGGUGGGGUAACCCUGGCGAACGGCGACGUUGUUGAAACGUCUCUUGUCGUCGUGGAGAGCCAUGAAGAGUAUGAAUUUCUCAAGCAUUACAUAGGACCUACAGGCAAGAUAUGGCUGAACUGUGACGCAUAUGGAACCACGUGUGUUUGCUUCACUGAGCAGGAAAGAAUCGUUGAAUUCGAACAUUGGUGUCAUGAUUCAGAGUUCUACUUCAAUUCCUCAUCCAACACUAGUGACGAUUGUGUGUACGCAAGGAUGCACGAUGGCUCGUGGUUGAUGCAGCCAUGUAGGACGUCAUGUUUAGGUUCCCAUACCGUGUGCCAAGCCCGCAUAGCCUAGCCAACGUAUCUGCCAAGAAGUUCAAAAUUUAUUAGAGGCGUUUACAUGUUCCCGGACAAGGGUGGAAUCAGCAUAGGCGGCGA